CUCUCGAUUAUCCACUGUCCUGGGCUCGAGAUGCCCUCCGAUUUCCAACGCCUCGAGAACUUGGCGGUACUGCCCAUCUACAACACGACCAUCGUGCGCUGGGACGCCAGCAGCUCGGUCUCCGCCACAGCUCACACGCGGCUCAUAGUGGUGUUCGUGGGGAAGUCGCGAAUGGAAGAGGUGCCUCAGGGGCUUUUGCAACCUUUGCCGGCGUCACUCAUGGCCAUCCAUUUCUCGCACACGAACCUCAAGACGAUUCCGGACGACCUGUACCUGCGAUGGCACGCCAUGGCUGCGAUCGGCUUCGAGUUCAGCGAGUUGACCGAGAUCCCGUACCAAAUGUUCUUCUCGCCGGUCUACACUCUGGCGCUGGCGGGGAACCAGAUUGAAACAAUUCCGACUCUGGCCAUGAUGCCUCCUGGAAUGAUCAUACCGCAGCUGCGGCUAGCGCACAACCCCCUUAAAGAGCUGUCCGCGUCACUGAUGGACCCAACGCCGUUCAUCUAUUCGUUGAACGUGCAGAAUACAUCGCUCACAGCCAUAUCAGCGUGGGUGAAAACCAACACGAAAGUCGUCUGGGCCUAUGAAACUCCUUUCUGCGCUUCUCCGAUGGCCGAUCCGACACUCGCGUAUCAAGUCAUGUGCUUCGACCGCCCUGCAGGACAAGAAUCCUACUUUCCGAUGGAACGGUUCGACUCACUCUACGCGUAUGCUUGA